AUGGUUCUGGAAGUUGAGUUUCCCCCUCCGCUUUCGCCCACUCCUUUCGCCGGGAAAGUGAUUGCAAUUACAGGGGCAAGCUCUGGCAUCGGCCUAGCAACCACUCUCCUCCUUUGGACCCGUGGCGCCACUAUCUCUGCCAUUAGUGUCAAUGAAGAAGGAAUGGCCGAACUGAAUGCGGCGCUUCAAGAGAAGUCAAAGACAGCUUUACCUGGCCAGAGCUUCUACACAAAGGUGGCUGAUGUCAGCAAAGCGGACGAGAUCAAGACCUGGAUAGAGGAGACCAUCGAAAAGUUUGGCCGGCUCGAUGGGGCAGCCAAUAUUGCCGGGGCGGUUCAUAACUAUAACAAGCUCGCCGACACCGUCCCGGAGGAUUUUGACUUCUCGAUCAACGUGAACACGAGAGGGGUAUACAACUGUAUGCGGUCUCAAAUCCCCGCUAUGAAGACUGGCGCAGCAAUUGUCAACAUGAGCUCAAUAAGUGCUACUAAGACGGAGUCAGGCAUUAGUUUGUACGGCGCGUCCAAAGCGGCGGUCAGUACAUUAAGUACUGCUGCCGCGACGGAGUAUGGACCGAAAGGGAUCCGAGUGAAUGCUAUUGCAACGGGAUUAACACUCUCUAAACGUCUGCUGAGUGUCGCAAAAGAAUAUGUCGACCCUGGAAUUCAAGCUACGGCACUCAAAAGAGGAGCCACACCUAUGGAACAAGCUCAGGUCAUUUUGUUUCUACUGAGUGAUGAAGCGAGCAAUGUCACCGGAACUGUUGUCAGGUGCGAUGGAGGCGCCCUUGCCCUGCAAUAUUAG